AUGGCACCGCACUCCCCCGCCGUGAAGCUCCAGUCCCGCGCCGCGCCGGCGCCGUCGUCGGCGAUGGGCGCGCACCGGUGGUCCCGCCCCAUCGCGAAGGGCCCGCCGCGCAAGAUCAGGAUCGUGCACGUCCUGGCGCCGGAGGUGAUCAAGACGGACCCGCGGCACUUCCGCGAGCUCGUGCAGCGCCUCACCGGGAAGCCGAAAGGCGGCGCAGGGCCCUCCUCGCCGUCCUCGUCGUCGACGCCCGAGAGCGCCGCGGCGGAGUCGUCGUCCCAGCAGGCGGCGGCAGGCGGCUCGUCGUCCGUCGCGGUCGCCCCCGAGGCGGCGGCGGCGACCGUCAAGGCGGAGGUGAAGGAGGAGGAGGAGGACGGCGCGUCGCCGGAGGAAGGGCUCGGGCGCGCGUUCGGGGAGGCGGGGGGCACGACGACGAACGACGCCUUCUUCCAGGACCUCGACGAGUUCCUCCUCGGCGGAUGGCUUUAG